CCGCCGCCGCCGCCUGAGGGGGCGCAGCCCGGCCCUGGGGUCGUCCGGUUCCCGCAUGCUUCGGCCUGUCGCUGACAGGAGCCGCGGCGCCCGCCGUGGGGGGGUUCGCAGGCCCCGCGGCUUCUGCUGCUCCCGCUCCCGGCGUGAGGGGCCGCCCGUGGUGGGGGGUGGCGGGCGGCCUGUGCUGGCCUGUCAGGCGGCGGGGCGUGGCGGCAGGUCUCUGGGCAGAGGCGGCGGGAGGCCGAGGCCGGGCUCUCCCUCCUCUCACGGGAAGGUCUCGCCUCCGCGCCCGAGCCGCAGCGGCCCCGGCCCGGCGCUGUCGGUGCGGGGCGCGGUGCGGCGGAGCCGCUGCUGGGGGGUCGGGGCGCGGGUCUGGGUGUCAGGCUGGGAUCUGCCCUGGGCAGCGCUUGGGCCCGCCGGCUUUCCGCUGGGCGGCUGCGGGUGACAGCGCAGGGCGGCGUGGCUGGUGCGCUGGGGUCGCUGAUUCGGCAGCUGAUGCCAGAAACUUGCACCCGCGGUGGUGGAACGCCCCUGGGGGAUCCUCCCCGCCGAGACGCGGCUGAUCGCUCUCGUUCCGCCAGAGGAACAGAAGCUGUUCCUGGUCUCUGCAAGGGCCUGAGAGGAAUCUAGGCAGCUGGUGGGAGAGGCGCUUGGAAACGGGAUCAACAAGCCUGAGAAGCUGGACAAGCCAGAGAGCUGUGAUAAUGUCAAGGUGGUUGUUCGAUGCCGGCCUCUUAAUGAACGAGAGAAAGCUACAGGCUACAAAAUGGCAGUCAAUGUGGAUGAAAUGAGAGGAACUAUAACGGUUCAUAAAACAGACUCAUCCAAUGAGCCUCCCAAGACAUUUACGUUUGAUACAGUGUUUGGACCAGAGAGUAAACAGCUAGAUGUCUAUAAUUUAACUGCAAGACCUAUUAUUGAUUCUGUCCUAGAAGGGUACAAUGGUACUAUUUUUGCAUAUGGGCAGACUGGAACAGGCAAAACUUUCACCAUGGAAGGGGUCCGAGCAGUUCCUGAGCUUAGAGGCAUCAUUCCCAAUUCCUUUGCUCAUAUAUUUGGUCACAUUGCCAAGGCAGAGGGGGAUACAAGGUUUUUAGUUCGUGUGUCUUACCUGGAAAUUUACAAUGAAGAAGUGCGGGACCUGCUAGGGAAAGACCAGACACAGAGAUUAGAGGUUAAAGAGAGACCUGAUGUGGGAGUUUAUAUCAAAGACCUUUCAGCUUAUGUCGUAAACAAUGCAGACGAUAUGGACAGAAUCAUGACUCUGGGCCACAAGAACCGUUCUGUUGGUGCCACAAACAUGAAUGAACACAGCUCUCGUUCGCACGCCAUCUUCACUAUCACUAUUGAGUGCAGUGAGAAGGGGGUUGAUGGAAACAUGCAUGUGCGCAUGGGCAAACUGCACCUCGUUGAUCUUGCUGGUUCUGAAAGGCAGGCGAAAACUGGAGCCACAGGGCAGCGACUGAAGGAAGCUACUAAGAUCAACCUCUCUCUUUCGACGCUGGGGAAUGUUAUCUCUGCGCUGGUGGAUGGCAAGAGCACCCACGUGCCCUACCGUAACUCCAAACUUACACGGCUCCUUCAGGAUUCUCUGGGGGGCAACUCCAAAACCAUGAUGUGUGCAAACAUUGGACCAGCAGACUAUAACUACGAUGAGACUAUCAGCACUCUCAGGUAUGCAAACCGAGCCAAGAAUAUAAAGAACAAGGCCAGGAUUAAUGAAGACCCCAAGGAUGCUUUGCUCCGCCAGUUUCAGAAAGAAAUUGAAGAGCUUAAGAAAAAACUGGAAGAAGGGGAAGAGAUAUCUGGUUCAGAGAGCAGUGAUUCUGAAGAGGAGGAUGAAGAUGAUGAUGGGGAGAUUGGAGACGAUGGGGAGAAGCGGAAGAAACGGCGGGGCAAAAAGAAAGUUUCCCCUGAUAAGAUGGUAGAGAUGCAAGCAAAGAUUGAAGAGGAGAGAAAAGCUCUUGAAACUAAGCUUGAUAUGGAAGAAGAAGAAAGAAACAAAGCCAGAGCUGAACUGGAGAAAAGGGAAAAAGAUUUGCUUAAAGCUCAACAAGAGCACCAGUCCCUGUUGGAGAAGCUGUCUGCAUUGGAGAAGAAGGUAAUUGUGGGAGGAGUAGACUUGCUGGCAAAAGCAGAGGAGCAAGAGAAGCUUCUAGAAGAAUCUAAUAUGGAACUGGAAGAACGAAGGAAGAGAGCGGAACAGCUUCGCAAGGAGCUUGAAGAGAAAGAGCAAGAACGCUUGGACAUCGAGGAGAAGUACACAAGCCUCCAGGAGGAAGCACAGGGGAAAACCAAAAAGCUGAAGAAAGUUUGGACAAUGCUUAUGGCUGCAAAAUCAGAGAUGGCAGAUCUGCAACAAGAGCAUCAGAGAGAAAUUGAAGGAUUACUAGAGAAUAUUCGGCAGCUGAGCAGGGAACUUCGUCUGCAGAUGCUUAUCAUAGACAACUUCAUUCCUCAGGACUACCAGGAAAUGAUUGAAAACUACGUUCACUGGAAUGAAGACAUUGGAGAAUGGCAGCUGAAAUGUGUUGCAUAUACGGGAAACAAUAUGAGGAAACAGACACCUGUCUUGGAUAAAAAAGAGAAAGAUCCCUUUGAAGUGGACCUUUCCCAUGUUUACUUAGCUUACACUGAAGAAAGCUUGAGGCAAUCUCUGAUGAAGCUGGAGAGGCCAAGGACUUCAAAAGGAAGAUCCAGGCCCAAGACGGGUAGAAGAAAACACUCAGCAAAGCCAGGAGCCGUCAUUGACUCUCUGCUGCAGUAGGUGUGGUCUGUUCAGAAUUGCCGUAAAAAUCAGUGAGUGUAUAAGACUUGGUCAGAAUAUGGAAUUCAAGAGGUGGCACAGUCUGACAUGGCUAAUAAAAUCCAUACCUUGCUGGUAUGGAGCUUUACUUUAAAAAAAUGUAUUUUUCCUUAGUUGCCUGUAUAUUGUAUGUUAUAUUAACAUAAUAUUAUAACUGGUAUAUAUGAUGGUUGUGAAAUUCCAUGUGUUAAAUGUGUUGUGCAGGGAAACUAUUGUUGGCAAUCCUUGUUGAAAUGUAUAGGAAAUAAGGGUUCUAGAUGUGUGUUUAAGUGCUAGAAGAUGUUAGCUCAAAACGGUUGAUGAAAUCCUAAAAUUUAAGGCUGAUAAAUCUGAUUUUUGCCCUGCUUUGCACAUAACCGGCAGCUUUCACUAUUGUCCUCUGUUGCACUGAUCUGUGUUUGAAUGUGGUGGCUGCAAACCUUUAAGAGCAUCAAACCCUUUUAUUUAAGUGUUCCUCACUGUGGCUGUUAACCUGAUCGUAUUGUGUAUCAAAUACACAGUCUUUGUCCCUUGACUUGCUGUCUUGCUGUACAAAGAAAGUAGUUGGGUAGGGGAAACAUGAACUACAAAAGUCUGAGACUUGUGGGAAGGGACCAUGCUCUCUUUAAGUGCAACAGAAAACAAGCGUGUCUAGUGCUUUUAUUUUUGUCUAUUUGCUUGUGAUGCUAGCGUUCUGGAGAAUGAAGCCUUUGGUGCAAAGGCAAAAGAGCUCUCUUCCCUCCUUUUAAGGCUGUGUUGCAGCAUUGCUUUGGCUGCUUUUUAUGCUUCUGAGCUGGAAUUUUUUAAAUGUAUGUGAAUUGUUCUUAAUCCGAACAGCAGAGAUUAUUUAAGGGGAAUGCUGUAACACUAGGGCUUGGCUUCAGCCCUGGGACUGUGAGCGUUAUGGCUCCAUUUUCUCAUCCCUGGCUACAAGAGCACUGGAUUAGUGCUCUAAAUUGAGGAUGAAUUUAACUCUGCUAUACUAAAACAGGCAUGAAUUGCCCAACUUUCCCAGAACAGUAAGAUACCUUGAAAUAACUGAUGCUUGUAUUCCCUUGUAGACUGUAUCAUCUCAGGUUUCUGGCUAUGCUCUGAUGAGAGGAAAAAAAAAAAUUCUGGUCUCUAAUAAUAACAACCAUUUAUUUGUGGUGGCUGCUCUUUUUCUUUGAUGUUUAUGCUGCUAAUAGACACAUAUCACUUUAACACAUUGCUUUUGUGUCACAGAAAAUGCAUCUUUUGGAUUGUGUGUGCUUUAACUCAUGCUGGAGCAUGUCAGCUGCAGGCAUCUUAGCAGCUCCCAUGCCAGGGUGGUGGUAAUUAGCUGUAACUUCCGUGUAAGCUUAGUGUUACCUAGAGGUUUAAAAAGCUGUGAUUAUUAAUGGAGAAAUUGAGACCUUAAGCAUGACAGAAGGAACAAGACAGCUUCUUGGGUGUCCUGAGUUCUUGCUAGUAGCCACAUUUGCAAUUACUAGAAUGUUCUUGUGAAGUCCUUAGAGUAGUUAAUCAUCGUGACAGUAAGAAAGGGGGAUCAACUUUUAACUGGAUGUACCUUGUGGCUCUAUGACAGGUCUGUAACAGGAUCCGUAGCAGUUGAAACUGGUCUUUAAGGGCAUAUUUUGCUCUGGAGGUGUAUUCAGUGCUAUUCUAAACAAGAUGUGAGCUUUUUCCCUGUUUUUUUUUUAAUGUGUUUUUCAGGAUCAUGACUUAAACAACAUACUGCCCUCUUAUUUUGAGGCUGGGGGGAGUGUCACCUAAGUUCAUACAAGAUUCAAAUACAAACACUAGCAUUUUUUUUCUAGCCUCACACUGAAAGAGCUAAAUCAGAAUUUUUGUUGAGCUAGGCUGUAGUUAGUUUUUUUUUUCUCUUGAAGAGCUGACCUUACUUUGAAUGUGCUUGGAGAGUUGGGUUUAUCUUGUGUGACAUACUUCUCAUCAGACAAGACAGACUGAAAAUGGCUUAGGUGACAUUUUGUCCAAGGCCUUAUGUCAAUUCUGAGUCCGAGCCUGUACUAGUUCUCAGAACCAGGGAUGACUGUUGUUUCCCUAUUGUUAUGUGGUGUUAUGCUAAGAUUUGUUGAACGAUCUGUUUUUAAGAGUUUCUCCUGAACUGAGCUUUCAAAAAGACUGUUGAAAAGUCUUUUACCUGACAGACAUCAGUGGCUUAAAGAUACCAUAGUGAACCAUAACACUGCAUUUCAAGUAUUUAAAACUUAACUAUGAAGGCGUAUGCUUAACAACUCAAUGUUACAGUCCUGCUGCUGAAAGCAAUAGUACUUUACCUAUUUAAGUGAGCCUUGGGGCAGAGAAAACAGUUAAUUGCUUGCAUAGCUUUUUCAUUGGCAGAUUGGAGAAACUGUUGAUAAUAGCCUGUUAAUAGGGGCUUGGAGAACAAAUUAUCUGCUCUUUCGAGAGGACUUUAAGUGGAACUGUCAUGGUCAUGAUGAUCUAUCAACUUGGCUUACCUUAUAACGAGGGUGUUUUGCUGAAGUUCUGGGAACUUUCUUUUAAAACCAGGGAGUCUGGCUGAUCAUAUGGGCCUUCUCUAGCCCUGGACAAUCUGUGAAUGUAUUGUGGGUCCAUAACAUGAUUUAAUGAGGAAGGGGUUCGGUUUGUGUGGGUGGUUUUUUUUAGGAGCUUAAUACAGCCAUUCUCAUCCCAGGUCAGUAUGUGCUCUAUAGUAUUUAUCAAAAAUCAUAUUACCAUAAUAUAUAUUGUGUGUGCUCAUCUUUGCAUCUUGCUACCAGAAGAUUCCCCUCAUUCCAGAACAGUGACCUUAACAUUGAGGUUUUUGAUGCUUUAUGUUGUUUAACAUUGUGUGAAGGAAUUAUUUCAUAUUUAACUUGUUCCUGAUCCUUUCUUUAAGAGGAGGGGAAAAUGGUCCUUAGUGCCUUUCACUGACUACACUGUCUGCACAUGUCCAACUUCCACCUUUCUCAACAGUUCUGCUUAGCCAGUCCUGUACACAGGAAGAACUACUAGUUUUUGUAUAAUUUGUCUUCCUAUUUAUUGGUCUUCUAACUGUUUAUUUCUGAUUUUUCAUUGUUUUAUGAUUAAACUUUAUUCAUUACACUGUAUAUAUCUGUAUUGUGUCCCUGGAGCAUGUUCAUACCAAGAAAUAAAAUUCUUGAUUCCUA